UUGACUUGUCAGCCGAUUAUAGCUGGCAGCCUGAGUGAAACGUCAUAGUGCGAAGUGUGAACCUACCACUUCUUUCUUUGUGAUGACUACGACUGCAAGGAACAAAACAAAAUGGGAGCAACGAUCUUUCUGUGCCCUCAUGCGGUUUCAUGAUUUUCCUUUUUUUUGGGAAAAAUGCUCUUUCAUGAUUAAACCACCAUUGAUGCUUUAUACAGUGAGGGCACAGCAUAAGCUCCGGCUCCCGUGCUAGUUUCACCAGGAAACCAUGCAGACACUCCAGUUUUCAAAGAAGACACAGAGCAAGAAAUUGCACAUACCUUUGCUUGGCCUUUCUCUUGUGCUGCUGAUCUCCUUUGCCUCUCCCACCAGCUCCUGCACGGAGCAGGAGCAGCGCUCCCUUCUCCAGUUCCUAGCAGGACUCUCACACCAUGGUGGCCUCGCUGCCUCAUGGAAGGAUAGCAUGGAUUGCUGUAAGUGGAAAGGGAUCACCUGCAGCCCGAACAGGACGGUCACCAAUAUCUCGCUGGCCUCAAGGCACCUUGAAGGGCGCCUCUCUCCGUCUCUUGGUAACCUCACCGGACUGCAGCACCUCAACCUCUCCCACAACGUGCUGUCCGGUGCUUUUCCACUGGAGUUGCUGUCCUCCGGCAAUAUCCUUGUCAUUGACGUUAGCUUCAACCGUCUGGAUGGAGAACUGCAUGAUCUGGCAUCUUCGACCCCUUCUCGGCCUUUGCAGGUACUGAAUAUCUCAAGCAACUUAUUUACAGGACGGUUUCCAUCCACCACAUGGGAGGUCAUGAACAAUCUGGUUGCCCUCAACGCCAGCAACAACAGCUUCACUGGGAACAUACCAGCUCAUAUCUGCAACAGCUCGCCAUCGUUUGUUAUGCUUGAGCUUUGUCUCAACCAUUUCAGUGGCAGCAUCCCUCCAGGAUUUGGUAAUUGCUCCAUGCUGAAAGUGCUCAAGGCCGGCCACAACAACCUCAGUGGGGGACUCCCAGCUGAUAUAUUCAAUGCUACCGCACUAGAGUACCUCUCUUUUCCUAACAAUGAUUUACAUGGGGUACUUGAUGGUGCACGCAUAAUCAACCUCCGAAAUCUGGCUACCCUUGAUCUUGGAGAGAAUAGCUUCAGUGGCCAUAUUCCAUAUUCUGUAGGUGAGCUCAAGAAAUUGCAGGAGCUCCACUUGGACCACAACAACAUGUUCGGGGAGCUCCCAUCAGCUCUAAGCAACAGCACAAAUCUUAUAACAAUUGACCUCAAGAGCAAUCAUUUCAGUGGAAUCCUUGCCAAGGUCAAUUUCUCCAAUCUGCCCAAUCUGAAAACAUUAGACCUUCUGUACAACAACUUCUCUGGCACAAUUCCAGAAAGUAUAUACUCUUGCAGCAAUCUUACUGCACUGCGGCUGUCUGGAAACAACUUAGAUGGGCAGCUUUCACCAAGGAUAGUUGAUCUGAAGUACCUCACCUUCCUCUCACUUGCUAAAAAUUAUUUCGAAAACAUCACACAUGCACUUCGGAUCCUUCAGGGCUGCAAAAACCUUACCACCCUGUUUAUCGGGCAGAACUUUAGGAGAGAGCUCCUGCUAGAGGACGACAAGAUUAGUGGUUUUGAGAAACUUCAGGUUUUGGACAUCUCAGAUUGCACAUUGUUUGGGAAAAUACCUCUUUGGAUAUCAGAGCUAGCAGAUUUAGAAAUGUUAGUCUUAUCUGGCAAUCAACUCAAUGGAUCAAUACCAGCAUGGAUAGAAACCCUUAAAUACCUCUUCUAUCUAGAUAUAUCAAACAACAACCUUACAGGAGAAAUUCCAAAAGCACUGAUGGAUAUGCCAAUGCUAAAGUCAGGAAAGGCUCAAGCUAAUUUGGACCCAAGGGUCUUCAAGCUUCCUGUUUACAAUGGUCCGUCACUUCAAUACUUUAUACCCGCUGCACUCCCUAAAAUGCUAGAUCUAAGCAACAAUAAAUUCAGUGGAGAGAUACCAUUGGAUAUCGGUCAGUUGAAAGCCCUCAGUUCAGUCAAUUUCAGCUUCAAUCACUUGACAGGACAGAUACCAGAAUCGAUAUGCAAUCUCACAAAACUGCAGGUGCUAGACUUGUCUAGCAACAAUCUCACAGGUGAUAUCCCAGCUGCAUUGAAUAGCCUGAAUUUUCUUUCAGCAUUCAAUGUUUCUAACAAUGACCUAGAAGGGCAUACUCCAUCAGGAGGCCAGUUUAAUACAUUUCAGAAUUCUAGUUUCGAUGGGAAUCCAAAGCUGUGUGGAUCUAUGCUCACUCACAAAUGUGGUUCAACUUCAAUACCUCCAUCAUACACAAAACAUCGAGAUAAGAAGAAUGUUUUUUCAAUCGCAUUUGGCAUGUUCAUUGAAGUCAUUGCUGUUCUUUUGUUGCUGGGGCGUCUCAUUGUUUUAAUCAGGACAAAGGGCACUACAACAAAAGAUAGAAUGGAGAAUAACCAAGAUGCUGAAUCAAUUUCAUUCUACUCUAGUUCAGAGGAAACAUUAGUGGUGAUGCGGGUACCACAAAGCGACGGAGAAGAAAACGAGCUUAAAUUUGCUGACAUCUUGAAAGCUACGAACAACUUUGACAAGGCAAACAUCAUUGGAUGUGGAGGUUAUGGAUUAGUCUACAAGGCAGAGCUAAAUAAUGGCUCCAAGCUGGCAAUCAAAAAGCUCAAUGGUGAAAUGUGUCUGAUGGGAAGGGAGUUCAGUGCAGAGGUUGAUGUACUCUCCAUGGCACAGCAUGAAAACAUUGUACCACUCUGGGGUUACUGCAUCCAGGGAAACUCAAGGCUCCUCCUAUAUUCCUACAUGGAGAAUGGUAGCCUGGAUGAUUGGCUCCAUAACAGGGAUGAUGAUGCUAGCUCAUUUCUUGACUGGCCAAUGCGGCUUAAGAUCGCACAAGGAGCAGGCCUGGGCCUCUCAUAUAUCCAUGAUGACUGCAAGCCUCAUAUUGUCCACCGUGACAUCAAAUCCAGUAACAUCCUACUGGACAAAGAAUUUAAAGCUUAUAUUGCAGAUUUUGGGCUAGCCAGAUUGCUCCUUCCCAACCAAACUCAUGUCACAACUGAGCUGGUCGGCACUAUGGGUUACAUUCCUCCCGAGUAUGGGCAAGCAUGGAUCGCAACAUUGAGAGGUGAUAUAUACAGUUUUGGAGUAGUCCUGCUUGAGCUGCUCACAGGGAGGCGACCUGUUCCAGUACUGUCUACAUCAGAAGAACUUGUCCCAUGGGUCCUACAGAUGAGCUCUGAGGGAAGACAAAUUGAGGUCCUGGACCCAACACUUCAAGGAGGAGGGUAUGAAGAACAAAUGCUGAAGGUGCUCGAAACCGCUUGCAAGUGUGUUGAUCAUGAUCAAUUCAGGAGGCCCGCUAUCAUGGAAAUAGUCUCCUGCCUCAGCAGUGUAGACACUGACAAGCAGAUGUAAAGAUCAGUGAAGAUACGAUGAACUACAUAUGAUAGAUAACCUUGUAUUUUUGUGCACGGUGUACUUGUGACAUUUUCGGUUUCUCUAGAACUACUACUUCUGAUAAUCUUUGAGUUCGUUUUGUAAGCCUAACAGGUUGCCAAUUGCCAUUUUGAGCCGGUAGUUAUCAUUAAAAAUCGUC